AUGAAUGAUCAAGUGAAUGAUCAAAUGAACAAUCGAAUGAACAAUCGAAUGAACAAUCGAAUGAACAAUCGAAUGAACAAUCGAAUGAACAAUCGAAUGAACAAUCGAAUGAACAAUCGAAUGAAUGAUCGAAUGAAUGAUCAAAUGAAUGAUCAAAUGAAUGAUCAAAUGAAUGAUCAAAUGAAUGAUCAAAUGAAUGAUCGAAUGAAUGAUCAAAUGAAUGAUCAAAUGAAUGAUCGAAUGAAUAAUCGAAUGAACCAAUCUCACUCAUUGAAUCCAUUGAAUCCAUUGAAUGAUUGGAGUCAUCGAGCUGAUCGAGGAGAAGCCUUGGCGCAAGGCGAACCAUUGAAUGAAUUGCAUCCCGUUCAUUCCAUUGCACCCACUGAAUUGAAUGAAUCCCAGCCGAAUCGAGAUCAGGUUCAAAUCCCAAUCGAAUCAGCGGAUUCGUUCACUUCCAACGAUCCUCUCCUUCACAAUCCGCAGCUCGAUUCCAUCCGCCCUAUGUGGGAUGGAAGCAUUCGCGGAAUCCCAGCAUUGAAUCCUGAAGUGACGGAGCGAGUCCGAGGAGAAGGAGAAUCAGAACUGGAAAGAAGGUUUUUUGAAUUGUUGGAAGAGGCACUUCAAGAGGAGCGAUUUCAACGAAGGUAA